UGCUGACGUCACGAGAGGUGGGGUGUCUCGGAUGGUAAGGGGUCCUGGACUGGGUGUAGUUUGUGUCUCAGUGGAGGCUUGGACGCUGGGACUUGAGAACCCCGCCAUCACGGUUCACCCAUACAAGAGCGAGUGCAUGUGAGUGUGCGCCUUCCCCCCCUCCCCAAGAGUCAGUCAUGUCGGACCCCAGGGACAUCGAUGAGGACGCCAUCCUCAAGGGCCUAAGUCCCGAAGAGCUCGACCAGCUGGAUUAUGAACUGCAGGAGAUGGACCCCGAGAAUGCCUUACUGCCAGCUGGUAUGCGACAGCGUGACCAGACAAAGAAAAACCCCACCGGACCGUAUGACCGUGACGCUCUGAUGCAGCACCUGGAGAAGGUGGCCAUGGAGCACCCAGACCAGGAGGAGCUGGUGCCUUUCACUGGGGAGAAGAAAGGAAAAGCUUUUGUGGCCAAAAAGGCAGCCGAGAUUCCAGCGCACGAGCAGGUCAUCUUGGAACCCGAGCUGGAGGAAGCUCUCAGAAACGCCACCGACGCCGAAAUGUGCGACAUUGCGGCCAUCUUGGGAAUGUACACGCUGAUGAGCAACAAGCAGUACUACGACGCUCUGGGCACCACCGGAACUAUCGCCAACACCGAGGGCAUCAACAGCGUGGUGAAAGAAGACCCCUUCAAGAUCUUCCCCGACGAGCCGCCCAACCCCACCAACGUGGAGGAGACCCUGGAGAGGAUCCACAAUAACGACAGCAGCCUGACCCAAGUCAACUUUAAUAACAUCAAGGACAUUCCCAUACCGACACUGAAGGAGAUCUUCGAGGCCAUGAAGGGAAACUCUCACGUGGAGGUUCUGAGCAUCGCCGCCACUCGUAGCAACGACCCCGUGGCCUACGCAUGUGCCGAGAUGCUGCAGGAGAACACCAGCUUGCAGAGUCUUAACAUCGAGUCCAAUUUCAUCACCUCCGACGGCAUGAAGGCCGUCAUUAAGGCUAUGGCCAGUAACGCCACACUGGUGGAGCUCAAGAUCGACAACCAGCGACAGAAACUCGGCGACUCGGUUGAGAUGGAGAUCGCCGCCAUGCUGGAGAACAACUCCAGCAUGCUCAAGUUCGGCUACCAUUUCACGCAGCAAGGCCCGCGCGCCCGCGCCGCCAUGGCCAUCACGCGAAACAACGACAUGCUUCGGCAGCAGAGGCUGAGAUGAAGAUGAAGGGUAGAAGAAGUCAUCCCUUGUCACGCAGAGCAUCUUUUUUUAGGACAGGUGACAUGAUUCAUCAUCUCAUUUGGAAGGGGAGGAGCGUCUGUAAAUACUUUCAAUAAAAUAUUUAUUCAAA